AUGACUCUCCCCUCACACUGCGGCGUCCUUGUUAUCGGUGGCGGCAAUGCUGGCUUCUGCGCCGCUAUAUCAGCAGCUCAAUCCGGCGCCCAGAGGGUGGUUGUCAUUGAUAAAUGUCCAGAAGAAUGGGUCGGUGGGAACUCCUACUUCACUGCGGGAGGAUUCCGGACUACCCAUGGCGGACUGGAGGAUCUCCUCCCCAUUGUGAAUAAUGUGGUUCCGACUACAGCGCACAAGAUUGAUAUGAGCCCUUACACGACGGCGGACUUCACCAAUGAUAUGGAGCGUGUGGCCGGAAAAAGGACUGGCCGUGAGCUCUGCCGUGUUCUCGUGAAUGAUUCAAAUGCGACAAUCAAGUGGCUUGCGGAGAAUGGCGUCCGGUUCCAGCUUUCCUUCAAUCGACAAGCGUAUGAGGUCAACGGCCGAAUCAAGUUCUGGGGAGGCUUGGCCCUCAAAACUCAGGAUGGAGGCAAAGGGCUUGUGCAAGACCAUCUCCAGGCGUCCCGGAGUCUGGGUAUCGAUGUAUUCUUUUCGACGGCUGCCGAGAAGCUCAUCACUGAUCCAGUAACCCGGGCUGUAACGUCGGUUGUGGUUGUGCAUCGUGGUCGAACGAAGGAAAUCCAGACGAACGCCGUUGUACUCGCCGCGGGGGGCUUCGAGGCCAAUCCUCGCAUGCGCGCACAGUUUCUCGGACCACAUUGGGAUGCGGCUUUGGUCCGGGGCACCCCGUAUAAUCUGGGUGACUGUCUCGAGAUUGCCAUUCGCGAUGUGUCAGCCAAAUUAGUUGGCAACUGGUCCGGCUGUCAUUGUGUGGCGUGGGAUGCAGAUGCGCCGGCCAAUACAGGCGAUCGCGAGAUCUCCAAUGAGUUUACCAAGUCCGGGUACCCCUUAGGGAUCAUGGUCAAUCAACAAGGCUCACGGUUUGUCGACGAAGGCUCGGAUCUACGCAAUUAUACGUAUGCCAAGAUCGGACGGCAGAUCCUGCAUCAACCCGGUCAUGUUGCGUUCCAAAUCUGGGACUCCCGAACGGUCUCCUGGCUACGGAAGGAAGAAUAUCGACCAGAGGUGGUUCAGCACAUAACGGCGUCGUCGAUUUCAAAGCUGGCUGAGAAAUGCGCGGUGGAACACGGUCUGGAAGACAAGCAUCGGUUUGAAAGGACGAUCCACGGAUACAACAACGCUGUCUAUGAAAGUCAACGACGGAACCCGGACCGACAGUGGGAUCCAGCCGUGAAGGACGGCCUUUCAACUCAAUCUGAGGCAUGUUCGCUUGAAAUUCCCAAGUCCAAUUGGGCACUGCCUAUCGAUCAGCCUCCGUUCCUAGCAGUUAAGGUCAGCGCGGGUAUCACCUUCACAUUUGGCGGUUUGGCCAUCAAUCCGGAGACAGCUGCUGUCGUCUCGUCCAGGACAGACCGAGAAAUCCCCGGGCUGUACUGCGCUGGGGAGAUGGUUGGGGGGCUCUUCUACGACAAUUACCCUGGAGGUAGUGGGUUGACGUCCGGGGCAGUCUUUGGACGAAGGGCAGGACGAGCUGCAGCGAGGGCUUCUGCAGAGGCUGCACGAUGAUAUUCUUCCAUGCAGAGACAGGGAUAUCGGUCGAUUGAUGUCAGAUGCUACACUUAACCGGUUCUCUCUCGGUACUACGUGGUACUACCAUCCGUACUACCAUGAUAUUAGACUUGGUAAACGGUGCAGGUUAAUCUAAGGCCUACCGUUUAAUGAAGUAAGCAACCCUUCUACGGGUAUGUCUCACCGCAGCCGUUUUUAGAUAUUCUAAAAACUUAUUUUUGUGUCGGUCUUAUUGAUGAGGCAUACGUAUGGGUCUCAGAUUGAUCAGGAUAUAUAUCUGGCGAGCAAUAUACUGUUCCGCGUCCAGACCGGGUAAAUAUCGGAUCACACUGCAGGGUCGAGUGUGGUUCAAUUUCUAGGGUAAUUACCGCACACGGGAAGUAUAUCAGUAUGUUUGGCACUGAUCUGAU